UCUCUCUCUCUCUUUCUCUCUCUUUGCAACUGUUUUCUUUAAUGUAAACUUAGAUCAAUCAACAACAGAGAUCAAAAACAGAAAAAAGGAAUGAUUUCUUCAUUUUCUUCGAAUCUUUUAGUGUUAGGAGUUUAGAAAGCUGUAGAAGAAGGAGCUUGUAAGCAUUUUGGAGCUAUAAGAACAGACAUAGACCUUAAAGUGCUGUAUGUUUUUGGUAUUGGCUAACAUAUGAAGACUACUGAUUUAGGUUGUCAGCAAUAUACCUAGCUGGAAGCCAAUGGAGGAAAGUGUCAGCAAGGGACCAUCGUCAUUAAGGCAAGGUAGCUUUAAGUCCAGUCUGUCAGGAAGAUCAACUCCAAAGAGUUCUCCUACAUUUCGGAGAUUGAAUUCAAGCCGAACUCCAAGAAGAGAAGCUAGAAGUGGUGCUGGUGGCAUUCAGUGGUUUAGGAGCAACCGCUUAGUGUAUUGGUUGCUUUUAAUUACUCUUUGGGCUUACCUUGGAUUUUAUGUCCAAUCCAGGUGGGCUCAUGGUCAUAACAAAGAGGAAUUUUUGGGUUUUAGUGGUAAUCCAAGAAAUGGACUAAUCGAUGCUGAACAGAACCCACGACGAGAUUUGCUUGCUGAUGACAGUUUGGUGGCAGUGAAUAAUGGAACUAACAAAACUCAGGUCUACAGCGAUAGAAAGUUUGAUGUGAUUUUGGCCAAGAAGAGGAAUGAUGUUUCAUUUAACAAGAAAAGGAGUAGAAGGAGUAAAAGAGCAGGGCGUAAUUUGAGCAAGAUGCGCGGGAAGCGGAAAGCAACAAUAAACAUUGAAAAUGGAGAAACAGAGGGGCAAGAACAUGAAAUUCUGCAGAAAAAUUCUACUUAUGGAUUGCUUGUUGGACCAUUUGGGUCAGUGGAGGACAGAAUUUUGGAGUGGAGUCCUGAAAAGCGGUCUGGAACAUGUGAUAGGAAGGGGGACUUUGCACGCCUUGUUUGGUCAAGAAGAUUAGUAUUGGUAUUCCAUGAACUCUCAAUGACUGGGGCUCCAAUUUCAAUGAUGGAGUUGGCAACAGAGCUUUUGAGCUGUGGAGCUACAGUAUCUGCUGUAGUUCUCAGUAAAAAGGGAGGACUGAUGUCUGAGCUUGCAAGGAGAAGGAUCAAAGUGAUUGAGGACAGAGCAGAUCUUAGCUUCAAAACUGCCAUGAAGGCAGACCUUGUGAUCGCGGGAUCAGCAGUCUGUGCAUCAUGGAUUGAUCAAUAUAUUGCUCAUUUUCCAGCUGGGGGAAGUCAAAUUGCUUGGUGGAUCAUGGAAAAUAGAAGAGAAUACUUUGAUCGGUCAAAGCUUGUUUUACACCGAGUGAAAAUGCUUAUUUUCUUAUCUGAAUUGCAGAGUAAACAGUGGCUUACCUGGUGCCAAGAAGAAAAUAUUAAGUUGAGAUCUCAGCCUGCUCUUGUUCCACUUGCUGUUAAUGAUGAGCUGGCUUUUGUAGCUGGCAUUCCUUGUUCUUUAAAUACUCCAUCUGCUAGCCCUGAAAAGAUGCUAGAGAAAAGGCAAUUGUUGCGGGAUGCAGUAAGAAAAGAGAUGGGUUUGACAGAUAAUGAUAUGCUUGUGAUGUCUCUAAGUAGCAUAAAUGCUGGAAAGGGCCAGCUCUUGCUUCUUGAAGCAGCAGGCCUCAUGAUUGAUCAAGAUCCUUUGCAAACUGAUUCUGAAGUUACAAAGUCAUUGGAUAUCAGGCAAGAUCAAUCUACCUUGACUGUAAAGCAUCAUUUAAGAGGUUUGCUUCAAAAGUCGAGCGAUGUUGAUGUAUCUUCUACAGAUUUGAGGUUAUUUGCGUCUGUAAAUGGCACAAAUGCUGUCAGCAUUGACAGCAGUCACAGAAGAAGGAAUAUGUUGUUUGAUAGCAAAGGAACACAGGAACAAGCUCUUAAAAUUCUUAUUGGUUCUGUUGGAUCUAAGAGCAAUAAGAUGCCUUAUGUUAAGGAAAUUUUAAGAUUUUUGUCUCAGCAUGCAAAGUUGUCGGAGUCUGUACUCUGGACUCCUGCAACUACACAUGUCGCUUCACUAUAUUCAGCUGCAGAUGUAUAUGUCAUGAACUCCCAGGGACUAGGAGAAACGUUUGGGAGAGUGACUGUUGAAGCAAUGGCAUUUGGCCUUCCGGUGUUAGGGACUGACGCUGGAGGCACAAAAGAGAUAGUUGAGAACAAUGUAACAGGCCUUUUUCACCCCAUGGGGCACCCUGGGGCCCAAGCUCUUGCCGGGAAUCUGAGGUUUUUGCUAAAGAACCCGUCUGCGAGGAAGCAAAUGGGGAUGGAAGGAAGAAAAAAGGUAGAAAGAAAGUAUUUGAAGCGGCACAUGUACAAGAGAUUUGUAGAGGUUCUCACCAGGUGUAUGAGAAUCAAAUAGCAUCACGUAUUGGACACUAUCAUAUCAUUCUUUAAUUGUUUUGUUUUUUAUCAACAGAAACAAUGGGGGGAAUAUUGAAAUUUGUAUCACUCUAAGCCCAAUGGAGUUGGCAAUAUUCACAGGUAUCGUGUUUGUCAGGAAAUGAGUGCCUUUGCUUCACCCAGUUGAAGUAGAUAUGUAGCUCAUAGUAGUUCAGCUCAUGAACCAAUGAAGAAUUUUGGUCUCA